UUCCACCGUAUUCGCUUCUUCCAGACGGAACCAAACAGAGAAGAAAGCAGCUCCCAAAGCCAACUGCCAAAGGCACGCUCGGAGAGAGAAAGAGGAAUUCACUUUCUCGGGAAAAUUUUUAUAAUGCCGGCGUGCAGCAAGAUCCGCCACAUUGUGAGGCUCCGCCAGAUGCUGCGGCGCUGGCGCAAGAAGGCGGCAGCGGCAGGCGCCCGACGCGCCGCCCCGCCGGACGUCCCCGCCGGGCACGUGGCCGUCUGCGUUGGCUCCAACUGCCGGCGCUUCGUGGUGCGCGCCACGUACCUGAACCACCCCGUCUUCCGGAAGCUCCUGGUGCUCGCCGAGGAAGAGUACGGCUUCGCCAACACCGCCGGACCGCUAGCCAUUCCCUGCGACGAGUCGCUUUUCGAAGAAAUCCUCCGGUUCUUGUCCAGGUCCGAGUCCACCGGCCGGUUCGCCAAUCUCGAGGACUUCCAGAGAUACUGUCAUCUCGGCUUCAGAAGCAGCCUCGACUCGUGGCCGGAAUCCCGGCCGCUCCUCCACGGCCUCACCGAUGAGUCCGUGUGGUGAACUCUUCACGAUAAGAACUCUACACCCUGACUUUGACCCGGGCCGAAACGCCUGUUGCACAGUACAGAACCCGGUAACUCGGCCGAGUCACCCCAGUCGAGUGAACUAAUCUAAAGUCCGGUUGGUUAGUAGCUUUUGCUUUGUUUUUGUUUUUGUUUUUCGAAUGUAAUUCCAAAUUUGUUUGAGGGAAAGGAAACGGGCUGAGUUCUGAGCUGAGUCUGGAACACUCCGAAGGAGAAUGGAAAGGAGAUGGCAAAUGGGUGGGCGAGUUGGCCACCGAGUCGUCCCGGGUUCAAAUCGAAGUCGAUCACGAAAUUCGGUGGGUCGAAGCAAUAAAGAGCUCAGAGGACAGAGAGGAGAGGAGGGGAGUGAUCGAAAUUUGGGGGUCACUCUUUUUCCCUUUUUCUUUUUCAUAAUCCAUUGUUGUUGUAAAUGAUGUGAUUUUUUUCCAUUGAUCUGAUGAAUGGAAAUUGUAGAGAGAUUCUCGAAUGAAAUGGCUGCCCACUGUUUGUUUCUUCUUUGAA